GCCCCACCACGCCCGCGACCUCGCUCUGCACUCCACGCCACGCCCGCGCCCCACCCCGCGUUUAGCUCUGCUUGCGCCUGGGGCGCUAGUGCACCUAACGUCCCUGCCAAGCCCCGGGCCGGCUUUAGCGGUCGCCAUGACGGCAGCGGUGUUCUUCGGCUGCGCCUUCAUUGCCUUCGGGCCUGCGCUGGCCCUUUACGUCGUCACCAUCGCCACGGAGCCUUUGCGCAUCAUCUUUCUCAUCGUCGGAGCAUUCUUCUGGUUGGUGUCUCUACUCCUUUCCUCCCUUGUCUGGUUCAUGGCAAGAUCCAUUACUGACAACAAAGAUGAAUCAACGCAGAAAUAUCUGCUGAUCUUUGGAGUGUUAAUCUCAGUCCUUGUUCAAGAGAUGUUUCGGUUUGCAUAUUACAGACUUUUAAAAAAAGCCAAUGAGGGUCUGAAGAUUGUAAACCCAGAUGAGCCACCACCUUCUAUGCGAUUGCUGGCCUAUGUGUCUGGCCUGGGCUUUGGAAUCAUGAGUGGAGUAUUUUCCUUUGUAAAUACCCUGUCUGACUCCUUGGGACCAGGCACAGUGGGUAUUCAUGGAGACUCUCCCCAGUUCUUCCUCAAUUCAGCUUUCAUGACGCUGGUUAUCAUAUUGCUGCACAUGUUCUGGGGCAUUGUAUUUUUUGAUGGCUGUGAGAAGAAAAAUUGGUACACCCUUCUGGUAGUUCUUCUGACCCACCUGCUGGUGUCAGCUCUGACCUUCGUUAGUCCUCACUAUGCAGUAAGUCUGGUGUCGGCAUACGUGAUCAUGGUGCUCAUGGGCGUCUGGGCGUUCGCUGUGGCUGGAGGCAGCUGCCGCAGCCUGAAAAUGUGCCUGCUCUGCCAAGACAGGGACUUCCUCCUUUUCAACCCUCGCUCCACGUAACCGCGGAGAACCAGCACCUCUCAAACAAGGUAUAUUCUUCAAGGCCCAGAGAUCUCAGCCUACGGAACCAGGUGCAGAAAAUGCCUCAAGACCGCUUGCUCUUAAAGUGAUGAGGGGGAAGGGCCUAGGGCAGCCCCCAGGCCAGGGACCACCCAGCUCUGCUCGAUUUUGUGUGUUGCUCAUACUGUGACACAGCACACGCCCCCUCCACACGAAGACCUGCUGACCUUCGGCCACUUCCCCUGCCACAAGCAGGACUGCUCUGGGCCCAGGGCUGCCGGGUGGGACGCAGUGCGAAAGCCCCUGCUGGCCUGGGCUUGCCUGCUAGUGGGGAAGGAUUUAAUGAGUCUGCCGGGUGCCCCAAGUUGGAAAAAUCGGUGUCUGAGUGACUGCAGCCCCAGCAGGGUCUCUGAGGCUAAUGGAGUCACAGGUAUGAUCCUCUCCUAGCGAGGAGACCCUUGAGAACCUUGACGCUACACACAUCUAGGGUAAGUACGAAACCCAGCCUGAUGCGGGUGCCUGAAAAAUACCAAGUAAUUAUAGGCCUGGAAUCAUGGAGCCAAGUGCAGGGUUUACGCUGAGAGAAAGUAUGACAAGACUACAGACUAAUUAUUACAAUGUAACUGACAAACUACCAGUGAGGAGGAACAGACUCAAAAAAUAAAUCCUCCAGGGCUCAGGCUUCUUGAUAGAUAACUACCAGGUAGUAGUCCUUCUGCUGGAAAUUAAAAUAAACAAUCCAAUCCCACAUUCAGGUAGACUUUCCUACUCUCACAGGGAAAAGACUUUGAAGAAUGUAGAGCUAUGUUUAAAAGAUUAUCUCCCAUGGUAAUUAAACAGAUUUCCAAGCUGAGGUUUCUCCAGAGGAGCAAAUAACUGACAAGUCACGGCCGGUUCCAGGAGAACGUGGUACUGUGGGCUCUCCCGGAGUCAGGCGCCAAGGCCUUGCCACCUGGGGCCCGUUCAUCAGCAUUUCAGCACAGGGAAGGGUGUCGACUCCAGCAGAAGUGGAAGGGGCACCAGGGUAUGGGAACGCUUCCAUAGACGAGAGCGCUGUCUCACAAGUGUGCACACUGGCCACGGACUCCUGUCCCCCUGCACCUCGUCUCCAACCAGGGGACCUCAUCUGAGAGCAGGAAGAGUCUGAAGUCAAACUUGGUGCCCACGUUCAUUUAAAAUGCUGAGGAGUUGGCCUUCAGUUUGGGCACACACAGUAGAAUCCCACUAGUUUUUCAGGCUGUCCGCCUUUGGAGAGACCUUUCCAGAAAUGUCAGAGCUGGGGGGACUUCAGAAUCUCCAGUUCAGCCUUCCACCGGAGCACCGUGUCCUCAUUUGCACAGGUCACUCUCCACCGAACUCCACUGUUUUCCUGUCCAAGGCCUCAAAGCCCGGACUCAAGGCAGCUCAGCGACUCCCAGAGGUGAUGGGAGAGAAAGCUGGGGACACCAAAGCCAGCACUCCAGGGGCACACUGGAGGAAGGCAGUCCUUCAGCUGAGGGCAAAACCAAAUUCCUCGGGGACAGAGGGAGCAGAGAUGACACGCUCCUGAGGUACCAUGAGAACCCCAAGGGUCAGGAAGAGGCACCUGAGGUGGGCGGCCGCUUCUCUGCUCACUGGGCCCACAGUCGAGGUGGCAGAAGCUGCCGGACAGGCGUGAAUGGGAAGCCCCAGGAAGCGAAAAGGCACGCACGGGUGACUACGGGAACUAGGUCGCAGAGAAAGCGUGUCAGGGGUAACUAAACCAAGAGCUGCCUGGGGACUGGGCCAUCUCAUUUUCACCUCUGGGAGCCCUUGUUGUGAUUCGGGUCACACAGCAGGCAUUUCAGAAGCAUUUUCCCAGACAACGAAAGACCCCAGAGAACAGAGAGCUUGGGAAAAGGUGAUCAAGAAGGCUAAAUGGUAAUGGGGAAAAAAU